CUCUAGUCCGACUCCUUCAACUCCUUCCACACAUGCGACCCUACAAUUCCCAACCGAAUAGACACCUCGUCUCAAGCGCCUCCAACUACUGGUCCUGGUGACCUGCGCGAACCACGAUAUCAUACUACCCACCUACAAACCCCCUUAUCUAUCCUCCCCGACGAUCCCGCCCAUGGCGAACCGCCACAUCACCCGGCGCAUACUGCUCAGCGCGAUCGGCCUGCUUUUCUUCCUGUUUCUCUUCUUCGUUCGUCCGCAGGGGCCGCCCAGUCCUGCGAUUCGCGCCCCGGGACAUCUCGACCAUUCGGCGGCGGCUAAGCUCACUAAGGAUGACCUCACGCGGGGAGAGGUGGUGAUGCCGCGGCUGGGGAAUGAGACUGCGAAGGCAGAACUAGGUCGUGCGACAUGGAAAUAUUUCCACACGAUGCUCGCGCGGUAUCCGGAGAAACCGACGACAGAGCAACAGGAGACAUUGCGCUCUUACAUUUACAUGUUCGCGCGGCUCUACCCGUGCGGCGAAUGCGCCUCUCAUUUCCAGGGCCAUCUGCAAAAGUAUCCGCCGCAGGUGUCGUCGCGUAAUGCGGCUGCUGGAUGGGGGUGUUUCAUCCACAAUGAGGUUAAUGUGAUGCUGGAGAAGACCGAGUUUGACUGUAAUAAAAUUGGGGAUUUUUAUGACUGUGGGUGUUCUGGGGAGGAAGACGGAGAUGGAGACGGAGAUGGAGACAGCGAGGGCGUCUCGCCGAAGAAGGAGAGGGAUGCAGCAGGCGCUGGGAAUCCGUCAGAGGAAGGGCAAUGAUGGUGAGAAUCCAUGGAACUAUUCGUGUUCGCCCUAUCUGUUCUAUCUUCCUUGCGUCUUCCCCGCACGACAGGCUGCUGACCAGACGGCGAUCAUUAGGACAUUUCGUACUUUUUCUUUCUUUCUCCCUCUUUCUCUCCCUUUUCUCCCCCUUUUCUUUUUCCACCUGCAUUCUUUUUCUUUCUAGCAAUUACUAUCCUCCGGAUUCCAAUCCUGUCCUCAGGACAAGUGGCUCGGGCAUUCAAGGAUUGUACCAAAAUCCGGGGCGGACACCAUUGACUGGCGCGGGAUCGCUUGGAAGGGUCUGCUUGUCUGCCAGCGUAAGGGAUUCUUGUCCCGUCUGGUUAUGGAUCUGGAUCCGGACUGGAACAUGUACGUGUGCAGAUCUUUGUAUGCGACCAGUUUUGGGAUCUGGGAUGUUCUGGGCGUCUCAAGGUGUAGCAUGUGAUUGAAUUUGGGGGUGUUCUUGAUAGAACAAUUCUUUGUACAUAUAUCUAUUUAUAUUAUAUUC